AUGACCGACCCGGAAAAGACUGUGUGGCUAAUUGCCUGUACGGUGUCCAUGGGGGAUUCCUGUUCGGCUACGAUACUGGCGUCAUCUCCGCUGUACUGGUCAACUGGAACAGACCUAGGCAAAACCCUAUCCUCUAGCCAGCAAGAGUUGAUCACUUCCAUCACCUCCGGAGGCGCGCUGAUCGGGGCGAUUCCUGCCCUGAUGCUGGGCGCCGCAAUGCCACGGUGCCCCGAGACUCCUCGUCAAUUAAUCUCGCAUAGCCGGGUGAAGAGGCACGGAAAGUGGCCACCGAUCAGCAGCAUGGUCAUGGCCAGUACGUACCCUCGUAUCUCUCACCUCCACAGCGCUAAUGGGACUGCAGUAUCCCAGCUAGGCGGUUUCAACACCCUCAUGUACUAUUCGGCCACGCUCUUCGCGAUGGUGGGCUUCAACAAACCCGCCGCAGUGUCGAUGGUGACGCGUGGUCCUCCUGAUUACCGUCCUCGGAAUGGCAAGUCCCUCUCUCUAGUGGUCGCCGCCAUAGCCUUCCACUGGAUCCCCGUCAACCACGAUCUCACCGUCGUACAAACGCAACACAUGAGCUGGGCAAGCAUCCUCCUCCUCGUGACCAUCAUCAUCUCGUCGACGUUUCUGUCCAUGAUGAAGGCCAUGACGCCGAGCGGGGCCAGACGCUCGUGGAUCAUGGAUCCCAUUGACGGGACGGCAGCCUUCAUCCAGGGCCAGCAGUAUGCCGUCUCCGUGGCGCUCGUCGAGGGCGGCGAGCAGAAGGUGGGCGUGGUGGGGUAUCCGAAUCUUGCGUUCCGCAGUGCGCGGGUCGGUGAGGAUGACGUCGACAGGGAGGGUGACGGCAUGAUGCUCGCUGCUGUCAAGGGCCAUGGCGCCUGGACGCGGCGAUUGACACGUUCGCGUCUUGAGCCGGCAGAACCGCUCUGGCCGGCUCGCUCGGCGGGAGACGGCGCGCUUCGCCUUGCGGACAGUCUGGCGAGCCCGUUCAUCGCGGUGAAGAAGCAUCUCGCUGUGCGAGAUGGGUUAGGGAUCGCGGAGGAAACGGUGACGGAUCUCUGGUCCAUGCAGGUCAAGUACGCUGCGCUUGCCAUUGGGGCUUGCGAUGUGAUGAUUUGGAUCCCGAAGGAGAGGGAUUUCCAUCCUUAUGUCUGGGACCACGCUGGUGGGAUGCUGGUGUAUGAGGAGUCGGGGGGCAAGAUUACGGAUCUGCGAGGGAAAGCGUUUGAUUUUGGCAUGGGGAGGCAGCUCAGCGAGAAUUUCGACGUUCCCAGUGCUCCUUUGCUACUACACUUUCAAACCGUUACCCGUCAAACCGAAAAGCUGGAGCUACCGUCGAUCUCCCAGGUCCACACAAGAGGUCCUGUUGAUAUCCCUUGGUACAACCACCACGCCGCGGAACGACCUCUGUUGUCUGGUGACAAACUUCCGGCACUCAGUCUUCCCACGGCCUCGCAGCCGAUCGUCUCGGGCCAGUCCUACAGGGCGAGCUACGAAGAGUCGGCUCCAGGUUCGACCAGCUCAAGCGCUCGGACAAGCCUAUCGUCCGGGACCGCACCGACUGUCAGCGAGGCCAGGACUCCGCCGCCGUCUGUUGAUCUUGUAGCUGGUGGCCCCGGCCGUCUCUCCCUGGAAUCGUCCGCCCCGCAGGAUUACACCGUUGCUCAGCACCCGGUGAGCGACAGCUAUUACCCGAAUCCUACCCCCCUGGGCAGCAUGAACCAAACGCAAUCCUACAUGGAUGUGCACUCGUCGCAUCUCUCAUCCACGCAGCCGUACGCUUCUCAAGCGGCGACGGCAGGAGCGAUGGCCCACUAUCCGCAAUAUCACCAGCAACCGCCUGUCCUGCAGCCAGCCUCGACCUAUGGUCCUGCCAGCUCUUACUCGCAAUAUGCCUAUCCUGGCGGUGUUGCCUCGACCCAGCCCGCGCCACCCCCGCCAACGACAUCGAUGAGCAGCCAGGUGCCUGCUCAAUUGCUGCCUUUGCCUGUCAACAGCCACACAGUGACAACGCCGGGCUAUGGCAACACCACGGGAACACCGAUGCAAGGGUUUGUCUAUGAUACCUCUGGGCAGUUGGCGCCCCCAGGUGCCAAGCCGCGAGUCACUGCCACCUUGUGGGAAGACGAAGGGAGCCUCUGUUAUCAGGUAGAAGCUAAGGGCGUCUGUGUUGCCCGUCGAGAGGACAACCACAUGAUCAACGGUACCAAGCUGCUCAACGUAGCUGGUAUGACUAGAGGUCGUCGGGACGGGAUCCUCAAAAGCGAGAAGGUCCGCCAUGUUGUCAAGAUUGGCCCUAUGCACCUAAAGGGAGUGUGGAUCCCCUUCGAGCGCGCUCUGGAGUUUGCCAACAAGGAAAAGAUCACCGAUCUGCUCUACCCCUUGUUCGUGCACAAUAUCGGUGGUUUGCUGUACCAUCCGACAAACCAGACUCGGACGAAUAUGGUCGUGCAGGAAUCGCAACAACGGCGACUGGAGGGCCCACCAUCUGCGCGAACUCCCCAAGCCUCUCAGCCGCCCGCUCUGCACCACCAUCACUCCAUGCAGAACCCCAUUCCUUCGCAAAUGCCUCAGCCCCCUACGAUGUCCUCGCAGCCUGGUGCUCGUCCCACCCUCGACCGGGCACAUACGUUUCCCACUCCGCCCGCCAGCGCCUCGAGUCUCAUGGGCAUUUCCAACCAGAGCAGCUCGUAUGACUGGAAUAACCAAGGCAUGAACUCUGGCGUACCGAACACUCAGCCAUUGUCAAUCGAUACCACGUUGAGCAACGCACGGUCGAUGCCCACGACCCCAGCGACGACUCCUCCCGGCAACAACAACCUGCAAGGCAUGCAAUCGUACCAGAGCCAAUCCGGGUAUGACAGUUCGAAACCAUACUAUUCAACUGCUCCUUCUUCCCACCCACACUACGCUCCACAGCAUCACCUGUCACAGUAUGGCCAGACGAUGCCACCUCAUUCUUACAUCAAGAACGAGAUGGCGCCACCGGCGGGACGGGCCCCGGGCGGACAGUCGGAGACGGAAACUUCUGAUGUCAAGCCGGUGGACCGGUACUCCCAGAGCAAUGGACACAUUGCUCCCGGGGCGGGCGAGUCUGGCCCCGAGCACGAGUCUGAUUACGUGCACCAUGACAAUGCGGGCUACGGCGCCGCUCGGAGUUCCUACACCUAUACCACUAACCCUUCGGUCGGUAGUCUGACGGGCGAGCAUUCGCAACUGACAACAGACAUCACCGGCUCCCCGCAGCAGAACGGGUCUGGACGUAUGACCCCACGGACAAGUGGUGGGCCUCCUCCGCAAUGGGCGUCGGGCUACGCGUCUCCUCCUCGACCGAUCGCUGCCAGUAGUCUCUAUAACAUUGUCAGCGACACCCGCGGGACAUCAGCCAAUGGAACCGGCUCGGACAACUACACUGUGACUUCCAACUCGGCACCAACAUACUCCACCAUGGGUGGAUCGUUGGGGUCCAGCAAGCGGGGACGGGAAGACGACGACCUGGAUCGCAUGGGCCGGCCGGACAGCCAGGGAGAGUACGAAAGCAAGCGCCGACGGACCAUCACCGAAGCCACAGUUGGCGGACCGGUUGGCGGAGUGCCGCUGGGACUACAGCCGAUGAAAGCCGGAGGUGCCAUGCCUCGUCGUCGAUGA